UCGCCUCUCCGCCGCAAUCUACCAGGUUAGAGCAGUGUUCCGUGGUGUUCCGUGCCCGAGGAGCGAUCGUCCGCCUAACGAUCGUAGCGGUCCAUAUGUAUGUGUGCGUCUAUGUGGGAGCUCGCCCGUCUGUGUGCGUGCGCGCAUGGGUGUGUGCGCGACUGCCGUUAGUAUCGGCAACGGGAUCGCAAGCAAAAAGUUCAGUUUCAGUUUCGUUGUUGUUUGGUUUGGUUAGUUUUAGUUGGUUAGUUGGAAUCUCAGGACGGCGGACUACGGAGAACGUUUGUUUUUUUUUCGCGUUUUCUGUCGACGUUGCCGUAGCCGAUGAGCCGCCGUCUAAGGCUAAAAGACACACACACGCACAAUCGCCGUGCUCCAUGCGUUAAGUGUCACAAAGGUGUCACUGCGUUCACACUAGUUACAUUUAAUAUGCAAACGCCGCCAGGCCAACACAGCAUCCGCAACAACAAAAACAGAAGCAACAACAACAGCGAGCAGAGCCGGAGAUUCCGCAAUUGAAACACUCGAAAGAAUCUGCAGCGGAUCGGAGAAGAGGACAGCAGCAGCGGAAAGAAGACAAUAUCACCGUCCAGCAUUGCGCCUGCUCAGCAGAAAGGGGCCAUCCAGAAGCUGCUGACACCACAGAAUUCCCAAAUGGAUACGAAGAAUCCACCGCCGGUGACCAGCAGCUAUCACCACCAGCGGGCGCCGCGGACGCCGGAGUCGUACUUCAAUGUGCCGGAGUCGGUGGCCCUGCUGAACAUCGUCAAGUCGGAGCGCAUCCAGAGCGCGUUCCAGUCGAACCGGAAGAACCAUGCCAGCGUGUGGGAGAUGGUGGCCGAGGUGCUUAACCGCUUCAGUGCGCGGAAGCGGACGGCCAAGCAGUGCUGCAAUCGGUACGAGAACCUCAAGAAGAUCUACACGCAGCUGAAAAAGAAUCCCGAGCGCCAUGUGCGCCGCAACUGGCCGUACAUGUUCCUCUUCAAGGAGAUCGAGGAGCAGCGCGGCGAGUGCUGGGGAUCGAAUGGCAAGCGGCUGGCGCUCAUAACCAAGAACCACAACGAGCUGUCCUACUACCAGCGCCGGCGGCAUGCGGCCGAGCUGGGAGUGCUGCUCAACAAGGACAACCUCACCCCGCACCAGCACAGCCUCCUGCAGAGCCUCAGCCAGAGCCAGAGCCAGAGCCACUCGCACGCCCACUCCACGGACUCCUCGCAGAGCGGGAGCAAGCUGGAGCGCUUCCUGCCCAAUCACUUUGUGGAGGCGCAGCUCAGCGAGGUGGCCGGCCCGGUCGGUGGCUCCGCAUCCGGCGUAUCCGGCCUGUCCGCCGGCGGCUUCGACGAGAAUCCCCUCCAGAUGCAGAUGGUGCAGGCAGCUGCUGCCGCUGCCGCCGUGGCCGCUCAUAAGCGACAUGAACUCCAGAUGGCCACCGUUGGCGGCGUCCAAAUGGCGCCCGAGGACGACGACGAGGAUGAGCCCCAGCGGCCAGCAUUUAAAAACCACCUUCACGUCCUGGGUCAUGGCCACGGCCUCGGCUUGGGCCACGCGCCCAUGGACGACUCUGGCGAAGCACCCGACUUCGAAAAGGACUGCAAUGGAGCACUCAACAUGCACCACCAGAACAAUAAUCACAACGAUAACCACAUAUCGAUGAAGUCGGAGCCACUUUCGGAGGGCGAGUUCAAUCCGGACGACAUCCAGCUGAUGCAGACGAACUACAAUGGAGCGCAGAACUACUAUUCGCCGGGCAUGGAUGCGAAUAUACUGCACCCCGAUGUGAUCGUCGACACGGACAUCCUGUCCGACUGCUCCUCAUCGACAACGCUGAAGAAGAAGCGCAAGAUGUCCACCUCGACCGACGGCGACAGCACCAAUUACGAGCUGAUCGAGUAUCUGAAGCGGCGCGAGAAGCGGGACGAGGAGCUCCUCAAGCGGAUGGAUGCGCGCGAGGACCGGCUGAUGAACCUGCUGGAGCGCACGGUUGUGGCCAUUGAAACGCUGGCCGUAAAGCGGGCACUUACGUUUCCAGUGAAUCCCAUCAAAGAGAACGCGCCAGCGACAGCCAGACCGUUGUCUCCGCCACCAGAGGCUCAGUUUGCAGCGCCGCCAGCUGCGCAGGAGCAGCCCACCAGUCCGGAGCGCAACGGCAUUGCGACAGGCAGGAGCGGCACCAUUCCCGUCGCGAAUCCGGAUGCCGCCAUCGAGGUGCCCGACGACGGCGAUAGCGGUGACGAUGUGCAGGUGAAGGACAAGCUGGCCAAGCUGACACCAAAGGCUGGCGGCGAUGACCGGACGGAUGGCAGGCAGACGUAGAAUAGAAUGCAUCCACUACUUUAACAAACAGUCGCUCCCUAGAUCUACUUAAGACUUCUACCUACAUGUAACCCUUCCCUGCCGCCACUCCUGACCGGAUGGCGGCAGAGGAUACAGUGCCAAAGAAGAGCCAUGUCUCGAAUUUCA